CUGUAGUCAAGUAUUUCUCUAUAUUUAUUUAAUUUAUUUUUCAAUUAUUUAAACCUCCUUUCACCAUGUUGGAAGGAUUGCUAGCGAACUUUCUCAAUAGACUGUUGGGAGAGUACAUUGAAAAUUUUGAUGCGACGCAACUGAAAGUCGGUGUUUGGAAUGGUGAUGUUACUUUGCAAAAUCUACAGUUAAAACGAGAUGCUUUGAAGAAACUGGAACUUCCCAUUUCUGUUCAGUAUGGCUUACUUGAAAGCUUAAAACUAAAGAUCCCUUGGUCCAGUCUUAGAAAUAAGCCUGUGGAAAUCUAUAUUGAAGGGAUCCGUGCUCUAGCAGCUAUGGAUGAGUCUCCUACUAUAAGUAAAACAGAAGAUUUAUCUCAACAACUGGAAGCAAAACGCCGAGAAAUGGAGCUAUGGGAAGCAGCACAAGUUGGAACGGCUGAAGCUAAUGAUGACCCUAAUGCGCAAACCUUUACUGAAUCUCUAGUCACUCGGAUGAUUGAUAACAUACAAAUCAAUAUUCAAGAUAUUCACAUUCGCUUUGAGCAUUCAAACGAAAAUCAUGAUAGCGGAUAUUCCUUCGGCUUACUACUGUCCGAAUUCUCUAUUUCAUCUUGCAACGAUAUGUGGAAGCCAAUGUUUAUAGAGACCGAAUCGAAAACGAUCCAUAAAUUAUGUUCACUGAAAAAACUUGCUGUCUACUCCGACGAAACUUCUGAGUGUAUUUCUUCCAAUGACUUAAAUGAUAUGAUAGGGUUGUUUCAUGUUUUACUUACCAAUUUUGACCAAAGAGAAAAAGAAUUUUUAAUUUCCCCUAUUAUGGGCUCUGCCAAGGUGACGAUCAACAAGACCACUACGCCAGAAAAACCACGAUUUGUUACUGAUCUAUCUUUCGAGGGGUUCGACUUAACAGUUAGUGAUGACCACCUUGCAAGAGGGAUUUCGUUAAAUAACGAAUUUAACAAGAUAAUAUCCAAAACAAAUUUUCGUAGAAAUGUGAUAGGAGAUGCUGCUAUUAGCAAAUCCUCAGACUACCUUCCGUUUGUUUUCAAAAACAUAUUAAACGACAUUCGUGAAAAAAAUUACAUCAAGUCAUGGCCAGCAAUCAAAGGUUUUUGCGAAAGAAGAAAAGCAUACAUUCAUUUAUACCGGCAGAAAUUUCUCGCAACGAAUUUGUCCCCUGAAGAAACAAGUCAGUUGGAUAAUUUGGAGCUUAGUUUCAGUGUCAGUCAAUUAAAAUUAUUUCGUUCUCUUGCGUACAAAGAAAUAAAAAAUGAAGGGAUCGAGCCGAAAGGUCAGAAACAACAAGGCUGGACUUCAUGGAUGUGGAAUAGUUUUAAGGGUGCCUCUGACGAAGCUGGUGAGAUAACCGAUGACCAAAAGCAAAGGGUCAUUAACGCAAUUGGAUUAAAUGAGAAUAUGCUGAGUCCUUCUAGUUUUACUGAAACUCCUCCCAACGCUGCUUUAUUUGAUGUUACAUUCAACGUUCCCUCCGGAAGGUUUUCUUUGAAAAGCACUUCAGAAAAGUGUAAUCUCAUCUCUUUGGAGCUUUCUGAGUUUACUCUGAAUCUUCUGGGCACUAAUCAAAGCCACAAGUUAGAUCUCGUAUUGGGUUCUCUCAGGCUUUUUAAUGAUAAGCGCUCUCUUCUGUAUACAAGGAGUAAAUCCUCUUCUCUUGAUGCAGAAGCGUCUUCUCCGUUGUUUCACAUGACGUUCGAAAACCGAUUUUCUAAUGAUGAUGAUCGUGACAUUUUGAAACUUAAUCUCCGUACAUUGGAAUUCUUCCAUGAUCAGCCUUGCCUUAUUAAAGUCAAAAAGCUCUUUGAUGACUCCUUAUUUACUAAUGAAGGGGGAGCUCAAUUACUCCGCUUUGCAAAUAGCGCUGUUACAGAUUUGACUUCCCAAACGAUUCAUAAUUUACGAAACUAUAUUAACGAAAAACGAAAACUUAUUCUUGAUGUUCAGCUUCAAGCACCAUUAAUAAUUUUACCUGAGAAUGUUGAAAACCAAAAUACGGAAUCUCUUGUGAUUGACUCGGGUCUCAUCUCUGUUAAAACAAGUUCCUCAGACCAUAAUAAAGAAGGACAAAAAACAAAAGAAGAAGAAAUCCAAAGUCUCAUAUAUGAUGAUUAUGUGCUUACCCUGGAGUCAGCAGAAAUUUCUUUAGGACCACUCUCUUGUAUCCAUGACGACAGACUAGAGAUGAAUGAAAAGUAUCAGUUGUUGAAGGAAUCUUCAAUCAACUUGAAUGUGUCUAUACAAAGUGUUCCUUCUCCUAACUUUCCGAAAAUUCGAGUUUCUGGUGAAAUGUCUGAUUUGUUAUUUAAAAUCUCCGAUGCUCAAUAUUCCAUCUUGAAUAAUCUCAAAUCUACUUUUCUAAGUAAUGAGUCAUAUGCAUCUUCUUCUGAUCAAGGUUCUCUCCAAUCAUCAAAAUCAUUUAUCUCACAGGAUAGCAAUUACAAUUUUGAAGUUAAGGAGGAGGAUGCCCCACCGGAUUUGAAGCAUUUCUGUGAAUUUGAUAUGUCGUUAAAAGGAAUGAAUAUCGUUCUUAUGAGAGAAAGCGGUCAUUCUCAGCGGUCUCCUAUGGUAUCUCUGGAACUGGGUCAGCUAAACGUAUCUUACAAUCAAUACGAUACUGAACAAAAAGCAGAGUUAUCUCUCACUUGCGUGAAAGUGAAUGAUUUAACUACGAGUAACUCCGAUGUUUCUGGUCAUCGAAUAUUUGACUGCAAUUCGUCUAACGACAAUAUCACAAAAAACAAAUAUCCAUUAGUCAUUGAAUAUGUCCUUAAGUCGGAUCCUUCCUCAAAACUUAACAACAGUACGGACAUAAAUUUUAUCUGCUCUAAUGGCAACUUUUCUCUUGCCAAGUAUCCAAUACUAUCUUUGUUAGACUUUUCGUCAUCUUUCGGUAUGAGCAACAAUAAUGCGGAUACCGUGGCCAAGAAAGAAACAUCUUCUGAAGUGUCCGGUAAGACUAAUGUGACAUUUACUGUACAUAAUCUCGGAUUAGAACUAUUUGAAUCUUAUGAGCAACAUCCUAUAUGCCUUAAUAUAUUCAAUUUCCAUUCAAAUUUCGAUACGGCUAUCAAUAAUUGGGAAUUGCAAUCUCGCAUAGAGAAGCUUGAUAUUCGUGCCUGGAAUGAAAACAAUAAUGAAACUGUUUCAUUUUUCGAUUCAAGAAACGAUCAGUUUUUAGAUCUACACUACAAGAUGCAGCAAGCUGAAAACAAGGAUAGUUAUCCUGAAGCAAAACUAAACAUAAAAAUGGGGUCUUUCUUAAUGAUAUGUCGUCGGCAGCCAAUUGUCGAUAUAUUAAAUUUCUUUUCUGAUUUUAUACAAAUGAAAACUGUGGUUGAAUCUGCAAAAUACUUGGCUGAAACCGGAUCGCUCCAAGCCGAACAGGGUACCAAUUUCGAUAUAAGCAUAAGUAUCUCAAACCCCAUAUUCCGCAUUCCUCUUAGCUUGAAUAAUGGCUUACAAGCCAACGUUGACGUAUUACCCGGCAGAUUUUCUACGAGAACUAUAUCCUGGUUACCAAAUCUGUCGAUUGAACUGUUGUCAUCAGAAACAACGAUAAAGACAUUCUUUUGUGCCGUUUCAUCAGAAAAAGGAGAUAUCGAGCUUGAUGUGUUAAAAAAUCUUAACGUAGGGUUAAAAAUAUCGGUUCUACAAGAGAUAGUUGGAAAUUUAACUAAUUAUGACAUACGAAUUGACGGUGAGACAAGCGAUUUUUCUUUCCAGCUUUCGCAGGCUCAGUACUAUACUUUCCUUCAACUGGCAUAUGAGGCACCAAAAGCAUUGAGUAUAAAAGACGCAUUCUCUUCAAAUUUGGAUGCGGGAUCUGUGUUUUCUGUUCUCUCUGAUGAACUUUAUAAUAUUGAAGUAAUCAACAAAGCUAUCUCUCACUUUAGUCAGAAUACCAGUUCCAGUCUAAAUCUUAAUUUACAUCUUCCAAGGGUCAGCCUGAAUUUGUUUGACGGAAAUUUUGACACUGCAAGUGAUUCGCAAAAACCACUUUCUAGAUUCGUUUUGAACGCCACGAAGAUGACUUCUAGUUAUCACUUUGAAAGCGGCGUUUUCGCAAAGCUCACUAUGGAGUCUUUCGCUGUCGAAGAUGUUCGAAUACAAAAGUCUGAACACUUUUCCAGUCUUAUAAUGCCUUCUCAGGAAAAUGAAGCUCAAUUUUGUUUUACACUUACUUGGAAACCUAACAGCAGCAAUAUCCUUUUGGAAGGUGAUUUAUACCAGUCUCUUUAUGUUCUCUCGUUAGAUCAUCUUCUUUCAAUUUUUUAUUGCUUCGGGGGUCACGAUUUAGUUGGAAUGACAUCUGAGAAUAAUGAAGAUGUGUUGGUCGACGAAGGGUCUAAUAAAGAAGUCCAUGAAAACGAAAAAUCCAUUUCGUAUUCACUUAGAUUUGACGUUACACAGACUUCCCUGGUCUUCGUUGCAGAUGCUUCCAAUUCAAACUCCCAGUGUUUGAUUGCAAGAAUAGGGCAUGUCAGUUUAGCGAGACAAAUGUCGUAUUCAUUAACUAUACAAGACAUGGGUUUAUUUGUGUCUCAAAUGGAUAAAAUACACGGUGGUGUUCAAAUACUUGAAAAUUUCAGUUUUGGAUUUGGAUUAGUGCAAAAUUCCUCUGGUCAAAAUUCCUCUAGUGCUUGUUUGGACAUCGAUCCGUUAAUAUUUCGUAUUUCGAUAUAUGAUUUGCUUUUGAUGAGAAGUAUAAUUAAAUCUUCUACCCAGGUCAUUUCUAAGUAUAAACAGGAUUCGAGCAACACCACAUUAGAGGCAAGUGAUUUAUCUGACUUCAUUUCGCAAGAGAAACCAACGCAUGAAUCCCUAAUGGCUAUGCAGCAAAAAGCAGAAAAAACAGCGACUGAUAUAUUAAAUACUUUAGGAAAUGCAUCUUUAACGACUGAGGAAUUGACUAUAAACAGUGCUGGAAUUCAAUUGGCAUUGAUUAGUGAUGCCCAUUCCUUACCUGUUGUCGACAUUGUGGUUGAUGGGUUUAUUGUGAAUGCGAAGGACUGGAGCUCCAAUUUCUCUGCCUCAUCCACUUUCAAGGUUCAAUGUAAUGCUUUUAAUUUUGCGAAAUCACAUUGGGAACCACUGUUAGAGCCUUGGUCUCUAGGUUUGUCUGCUUUUCAAAAAAGUGGAACAAAAGAAAUUAGACUUGUAUCCAAGGAAAGUGGACAGUUUACCUUGACGCCGAUGAUGAUAAUGGACUUUCAUAGGAUUAUUAAUUAUUACUUGAAUAAUCGAACCGUGGAAAACGAAAAGCGCCCUGAAGGUUAUCCAUAUGAAGUACUGAAUGAGACUGGCUACUCGCUAUCAGUGCAUUAUGGACAUAAAGGAUCACACGGAGACGAACACUUUAAGCUUGAGUCAGGAAAAUCCAAGCUUUGCCGGUUUGAAGAUAAGGAGGCUUUGACAGCAGGUUUGAUAAAUAAGGAAGAAGAUAUGUCGACAAAGAUACGGGUUUCAUUUGAUGAGAUAUGGUUCCCCGUUGAUCAUAUAUCCGUUCAUCGUGAAGGCUCUUUCUUAUAUGAAUUAAAGCCCAGAGCUGAACGCCCUAAUUUCCUUUUGGUAACCGUGGUUUUGCUAGAAACUAAUGUAAAGAGGAUUAUCCUUUCAUCCCCAUAUUCACUUGUUAACAGAACUAAAGAAGCCAUCGAGUUUGUAUGCAACGACCGAGCGGGUCAUCGUCAGUCUUCAGUUGUUAGAAUUGAACCGCAAGAAACUGGUUACAUCCCUCUUGAUCUUGCAGCAUUGUAUCCUUUGAGGGUUCGCCCGGUCUCAAAGUUAGGUUUCUUUUGGUCUAAUCAGAGUGUAUACUGGAAAUCAUUACUGAAGUCACCAUUGCAAUACUUAUCGUGUAAAUCCAGUAAAACAAAUUGGGAGCAUACCUUUCUGGUUUUCUCAAGAAAUCUAAUGGAAGGUUCUAUGGCUGAUGCUUAUCCUUUUAUGCAAUUAAAUAUCCUUCCUCCUUUGCAGGUACAUAAUUUCCUUCCAUAUGAAGUUAAAGUGCGCAUUUUAGAAAAAAACACUCGUAACGAUUGGCGUUGUUCCCUUAAACCUGGUGAUUCCCUUCCAAUCCUGCACAUGGAUUCAAAGAGCCUUCUUUUGUUAGGCAUAAGUAUUCCGGAAAUUGACCUUCAUUCACUCGAAUUGCCGAUAAUUUUUUCGCCAAUUGGUGCUUGGGAGUCUAUACAAUCGACAAUGAUGCUAUCCUGUUCAAAUAAGAAGGAAAUAGUCAAAUUAAACCUUCAAUAUGACAAAUUACCAGGAACAGACUACGUUUCUGACGUAAAAAUUUAUUCACCAUACUUAGUAUAUAAUCGAACGGACAUCGACAUGCAGCUUUCAGAUGAUAACGACUAUUCAGUGAGCAAUAUCAUACGUGGAGGUGGUUAUACCAGCGAUAUAUCUCCUUAUUUUUUUUCGUUUAAGCAAGAAAACCGAAAAAACCGUGCUGUUUUAAGGAUGAGGGACUCUCGAUUGUUCCAACCACUUAGUCUUGAUACUAUAGGGUCAUCUAGUGAAGUUCAAGUUGAAACAAAGGAUGAUCGAAAAGCAUACAUAUUAGGAGUAUCAAUUGGAGAAUGCACCGGAAAGUUUUGUUUAUCUAAAACGGUAACUUUUACUCCCAGAUAUGUGUUCAGAAAUAACAUGGAUAGACCCUUGUGCCUGAGACAAUUCGGUAGCUCCCAUGUUUGGAAUUUAAAGCCUAAAGCAUUAUACCCCGUCUGCUUAUUCGUGAACUCUGAAGAUAUUACCACCAUUGCAGCAUUUCCAGGUACGAAUAAUUCUUGGUCCUCUGCUUUCUAUAUGAAUAAUCUUGGUAUAACGCACAUAAAAGUAUAUGAACAAAACGAAAAUGGUAACGUAUUGCCGGUUUUGUUACGUAUUUCAGUAUCUCUGAAAGAUGCAUCAUUUUUUAUAGUCUUUGAUUUAGAGACUGUUGCUUGGCCGUUUAAACUGAAAAAUACUUCCUCUAUGGACAUUUUAUACCAACAGAAGAAGCCGGAUCCUUUAAGUUCUGAAUCGAUGUACACUCAACAUUUCAAGAAGAGUAAAUAUGUUUUACAGGCCGGAGAAGAGGCUGAUUAUUGUUGGGACUUCCCUUCUCUUAAAGAUAAAAGACUUGAAGUUAUAGCAGGAAAUGCAGUACAUGAUCUGGAUAUAUCGUCAGUCGGAGAGCUUAGUCCGUGGUUUCCUCAAGAGUUGAAUACUAACAGCCGAUUGAUACCCGAAAUAUCUAUUACUGGUCUCACAAGCAUACUUACUUUUAAAGAAGUAGACGCAGAUUCUCCUCCACAGUUACCGCAUCGCAAAGGCCAGACUAAAGAAGAAGAUAAGAAUGAAACAGAAUUUAAAUUUGCUAUGGACCUGAGUGGUGUUGGAUUAUCUUUAAUUAAUGGUCAGUGUGAAGAGUUUGCUUAUGCUACACUACGAAACCUACUGAUAAAUUUUGAUGAAAGUGCGGAUUUACAUUCACUCUCUGUUUCAUUAGGUUGGUUCCAGAUUGAUAAUCAAUUGUUGGAUUCUCUGCAUCCAAUCGCGUUAUUUCCAUCAGUGAUCACUGAGGAAGUAAAAGAAGAAAACCCAGAAGUGUUGCAAUUCCGUAUCUCUUCAUUGAAAAAUUAUGAUUAUGGCUUGCUAUAUGUUAAAUAUGCUUCCGUUCUUUUGCAAGAAUUAUCUCUUGAACUGGAUGAUCGCCUUGUGUAUAUGUUAUUACGACUUAUAUAUCCUUCUCUUGACGUCUCUCAAAGUACUAAAAGUUUGAAUGAAGAUUCAUUCAAUGACAAAUUUGAACUUCCUAAUUUUGAUGUGGAUGUCUAUCAAAAUGAUGUCUUCUUUGAAGCUCUACAUUUGCAACCCACAAUCUUUAACCUGACAUUUGAAGCUUCAGGAGACAUUGAAAAUCAAAUCAUAAAGGUGAGGACUCCUAAUUCCACCUUGGACUUCAUGACAGGACUUCUCAUGAAUACCUUGGGCAAUAUCCAUGAUGCACCUGUUCAGUUGAAUUCCGUUUUAUUAGAAAACGCUAGGGGAACUGUAUCUGAGCUAGUCUCCAAAAUCAUCACUCAUUAUAAGCAACAAAUUGGAUACCAAAUGUAUAUGAUUGCUGGUCGUGCAGACUUCUUAGGAAACCCCGUUGGGCUGUUCAAUAACUUUGCCUCUGGUGUUUUUGAUAUGUUUUAUGAACCAUAUCAAGGAUUUUUACUUCAAGAUACUCAAUCGAUCGGGGAUUCGCUUGCUCGCGGUACCUCCAGCUUUAUGAGGAAAACCAUAUUUGGCGUUUCUGAUAGUGUAUCUAAACUUACUAGUACGUUUUCGAAGGGAUUGUCUACAAUGACAAUGGAUCCGAAGUAUAAGAUGUCAAGACGUCGUUUUCGAUCAAGAAACCGACCAAAGAAAGCAGCUUUUGGUGUAACAGUCGGUGCGAAUACCUUUUAUGAUAGCAUGACGAGUGGUUUUGAAGGUCUUCGUCGGCCAUUUACUGAUCGAAAAUCUGAUAGUCCUGGCAAAUUCUUGAAAGGAUUUGGCAAGGGUGUUUUAGGUCUGGCAACCAAACCUGCUAUAGGUUUCUUGGAUAUGACCACUAACGUGUCAGAAGGCAUACGAAAUUCAACAGAUGUUCGAGCAAAUCCCGAAAUUGACAAAGCUCGCAUUCCUCGGUUUGUUGGUUUUGGUGGUUUGAUCCAGCCAUACAGAGUUUACGAAUCCCUUGGAAUGUAUUUACUGGCUAUGCUAGCGAAUGGCAUCUAUUCGAAUGAAAAAUAUCUUUACCAUGCCGAGCUUAAGGAUGAAAGAAUACUGUUCAUCAGCACGAAGCAUUUCAUUAUUACUACCUCAAACAACGAAGUUGAAACAGUUACUUCAGUUAGAAAGGUUAAGAAUGUGAGAUUCUCCGAAGAUGAAUUCGUAUGCUCAAUGUAUGAUAUGUCAACUUUACGUCUCCCUCUUCCAGUCGAUGAUAAAAAGAAGGACAGGUGUAUACAAGAAGUCAACAGGGCUUAUGUUGAAUCUCAUCGUUUGCGCUUAAAAGACGUUGAACCUUUCUAAAGCUUGAUAUAAACUCUACUUUUUGUUGUUAAUACUAUUAUGAUCUAAAGUUUUAUAAUUUUUUUGAUGAUUCUAUAGUUUUUAUAGAUAAAUACCUUCUAACAUAUGAUUAAUGAAAAACACUAGGAGAAUAUGAAUAUAACAAUAUACAAUGUUUUCGACCCAUGUUAAUUGUUUCUUGUCUACACAUAUUCUAACUUCUUCCGUACAACAUAAGUUCCUAACCUCG